AAAACAAAUAUAAUUUUCAUUGUUAUUUUUUCGGAAAAUUCUAUACCGGUUUUGUUGAAUAAUAAAGUACAUGCGAUUUACCAAUUGAUUCGAAGCAUCUUCGUUAAUAUAUAAGUGGAUUUACAAAAAGCACCUUCACUUUCAUGAGUAUUCUUCACUAGCUAAAUUGAUUAAAAUCAUUCAAACACAUUAAAUUUACUUAAGAGCAGUUUGUUAAAAGUGAAAUAAAAAUGAAACAUUUAUUUUUAAUUAGUGUCUUUCUGAUACAUUUCUGCCAAAUUUUUGGAAGUUUAAAUUCUGGAAAUUUCAUAAGCUGUCCAAAGAAUAUGAAACACUUUUUAGUCAGUGAAAAUAGUACCGAACAGUAUUGCGAUUGUGAUGAAAUAUAUUUAUAUCAUCCUCAACAUGAUUUUUGCUACGAUGCAUAUAGGCAGGGUCCUUGUCAAAAUGGAUAUUAUUAUGUUUUAUCACCUAAUUCUUACGUAGCAACGUGUCAAAGAAAUCCAUGUCAGAUAGACGGAAUUGUACCUUUUCGAGGAAAAUGUCACUUUCUAUGGGAAUCUGGAAAACCUUGCAGAAACGAAACCACAUUCUUAGGAAUUAAUGACAGUUAUCAAUUAGAGUGCGGUAUAAAGCGUUACAUGGGAUCCUGGUAUGAUUUGAAAACAUCUAAGUCUUGUCCAAAAGAUUCGUUACUGACGCCAUCAGAUGACGAACAUACAAAUUAUUAUUGUAAAUGUAAAGAAACUUACAUUUAUUCAGCAAAAAAUCACUCUUGUUAUCAAGCCUACAAACAGGGACCAUGCCCUCCUGGAAGUUACUACGUACUCCCUACUGGACGAAAAGAGCCGAGAUGUGAAGUAAAUCCUUGCAACGAAGAUGGUCUUGUUCCUUUCAAAGGAAAAUGUCAUGAAAUUUAUAAAUCGGGUUAUCCUUGUGCUGAUAAUCUAACGCAUUUGACAGUCACUAGUAAAACAUUUCAAUUAAAAUGCAUUUAUCAAUCACCUAGUGGUCGGGGUGCAGGUGGAAUUAUAAAUGCUCCAUUAAAAGCAUGCCCCCCUGGAAGUCGGAGAGUAGUAACAGAUUGCAAACACAUUUUCCAAUAAAAUAGCAUUCUUCAAACA